GUGAAAAAAAAAAACAAUACGAUGAAGACUAUAGUUCUGCUGGUUAGCUUUGUGGCUUUGGCCGUUGCCUCUCUGGAUUUGUCUAAAUUCAAAAAAAUCGAAGAAUUGGAUGAGUUUUGGGCGCAACUUGAUCCUCGUCUGCAGCAGCUACGUGAAAAGUCAAUUCCGAAUCACAGAAUAAUCAACGGCGAAGAAGCCGCACCCGGACAGUUCCCCUACCAGACACUGACGCUCAGUUUCUUCGCCAACGGGCAGUCGGGAUUAUGCGGAGGAACUUUGCUUUCGAAUAACUUUGUGAUGACUGCCGCCCACUGUGUUGUGUUCGAAAACUUGGCAACCCACGGAACGUCCAUUCUGGGAGCGAUCAACCGCCUGGAGGAGGAGGCCACCCAACAGCGAAUCGCUUUUGGCACUAUCACCGUUCAUCCGAAUUAUAUCGCGUCGUUGCUGCGGAACGACAUCGCAGUCAUAGAGCUGGCCACACCCGCCGUAUUCAACGAUUAUGUCCAACCGGUCCGACUCCCGGCAACGUCGGACGAGCGCACGUUUGCCGGAAUGACCGGUAUCAUUUCCGGUUUCGGACGCACAACGGAUGAAACUGGAUCGCCUGUUUCGAGCGUGCUCAUGCACACCAGCAACCCAAUUCUGUCCAAUGCCGACUGUCAGGCAAUUUGGGGCACCAUUUGGGUGGGUGCACAAAACAUCUGUCUGUCCCCGGAGGGUGCCCGUACCACGUGUCACGGGGAUUCCGGUGGCCCGCUUACCAUCGUGGACGACGAUGGACUAACCGUACAAGUGGGAGUGACUUCGUUCGUUCACUCCAAUGGUUGUGUCACCAGCUUCCCUGCAGGAUUCGUCCGUACCAGCCACUAUUUGACUUGGAUCGGUGAAAGUACGGAUGUUGUACUACGAACCUAGUGUCUUCGGAUUGCAGUUAAUGGAUUUUAUGGUUCAUGGCUUUUCCGGUUGGCUAGGCUGUG